GCAGCUGCUGUUUGAGGAAGUUUGGAUCAAAACUUUGUACCUGUUGAUGCGGCGGAUUCACUGAUGUUAGUUUAUCUACCGUCACACAGACUUGACAUCUUUCAAAAAUGACCUCAGCAUCAGAAUUGGAGCAACUGGCAGAAAUAGAGCUCCAGAAGGAGGAAGAGGAGGAGGACGAAGAGAAUCAGAGGUGCGUCACAGACGGUCCUUCGGUUCCUCCCGGCGGUGAAAUCCGCCUCGAUUCGUCUCACCCGUAUUACGAUGUGGCUCGACACGGCAUCAUCCAGGUCUCCGGUGACGACAAAUACGGCAGGAAGUUGAUCACCUUCAGCAGCUGCUGUUUGCCUCCAUCGCACCAGCUGAACCACCGACGCCUGUUCGAGUAUCUGAAGUUCACGUUGGACCAGUACGUGGAGAUGGACUACAUCCUGGUUUACUUCCAUUACGGUCUGCGGAGCAGCAACAAGCCGUCCCUGAAAUGGUUACGAGAAGCCUACGGCGAGUUCGACAGGAAAUACAAGAAAAACAUGAAAACUUUGUACGUCGUUCAUCCAACAAACUUCAUCAGAAUCGUCUGGAACAUUUUUAAACCUCUGAUCAGUCAUAAGUUUGGGAAGAAGCUGACGUACGUGAACUACCUGGCUGAGCUCCGAGAACACCUGAACUACGAGCAGCUCAUCAUCCCUCCUGAUGUGCUCAGACACGAUGAAAAGCUACGAGCUGCUCAGAAAGGAGGACCCCCUCCCUCAGUGAAGACGCCCCCGCCUCGACCCCCGCUGCCCACGCAGCAGUUUGGAGUCAGUCUGCAGUACAUCAGAGAGAAGAACAGAGACGCGCUGAUCCCUCCUGUCGUCUCUCAGACUGUCACCUACCUGAAGGAGAAAGGUCUGAGGACUGAGGGGAUCUUCAGACGUUCGGCUCGAGUUCAGCUCAUCAAGGACGUUCAGAAACUCUAUAACCUCGGGAAACCUGUGAACUUUGAUGAGUAUGGAGACGUCCACGUUCCUGCUGUGAUCCUGAAGACGUUUCUCAGAGAGCUUCCUGAGCCGCUGCUCACCUUCAGACUCUACAGUCAGGUCCAGGAGCUCCUCCAUGUGGAGAGCAGUCUGCGGGUCACCAGGUGCAAACAGAUGAUGGAAAGUCUUCCUGAACAUCAUUUCAUCGUCGCAAAGUACCUGCUGAGUUUCCUCCACACGGUGUCUCAGGAGAGCAUCGUCAACAAGAUGAGUUCAUCUAAUCUGGCCUGUGUGUUCGGGGUGAACCUAGUCUGGCCUCGUCACGGUUCGAUCUCCCUCACCGCUCUGACGCCCAUCAACAUCUUCACCGAGAUCGUCAUCGAACAUUUCCACACCGUGUUCGGCUCCCGCUGCCCGCCUGCACAGGUAUCACCCUGAACCUGCAGAUCGACGCCUGGCUCCACCUGUCGCUCUUCCUCUGGAUUUUUUUUUUCUUUUCUUUUUUUUUUUUUUACACUGAUUUCUCAUCAACUACAAACAUUAAAAAAAGCAAUAAAUAUUGAUCGUCCCUAGAGGAUGAUUCCUGAAGACUCUGACGUUUCCUCUGACGCCACCAUCUGGACAAAAAAAAUAAUAAUUUCUACAAGUUCUGAAAGUCGGAUUUCUACAAAAAUGACCCUGCUCCCCAGAGGAUGAACCAUCGCGUUGAACACACUGUUUUGGACACUUGACAAGAUUUGUGAUCUUGCAGUACUUUUCAUCGAGCCAAGUCCGCUUUAAAGCCUUUUCUACUGAUGGAUUUUUUCCUUUCAGUAUUUUUGUGGCCACUUUGCACGACCAGUUUAUUGGAUUCACAAAGAUUUGCAUCAGUCACAUUGUGUGUGUGUGUGUGUGUGUGUGUGUGUGUGUGUGUGUGUGUGCGUGCGUGCGUGCGUG